AUGUUCUAUCGUGCUAGUCACAAGCCGGGCGCUAAAUUCGUCUAUGGAAUCUUUGGUGUCCAGUACCCAGGCAAUGAACCCACCUCGAGCCAACUGGACCUAAUCAAACGGUUCGAUGAGCUCAUCGAUGGCAAGGCUCACCUCGAUCGCAUCGUCUACCCGACCAAGAACAAGGAUUUCGGUACCCGCAUCUGGCUGUCCUACUGGCGGCCCGAAACCUACGCCGCGUGGUGGGCCAGCGAUCCCGUCAAACAGUUUUGGGCGUCACUACCAGAAGACGCCGGGAUAUGGCGCGAGAUUUUGACCGUUGAUGUGGGCAGAACGCAAAAUGCAGUCACUGCAGAGCUCAAGAAUGGUGUCAAUGGUCUCGAUGGGAUGGAGGGAUUUACCGAAAAGAUUGGCUACUGGGGAUGUCUACGCGAUCGGCUCGCCCAGUCCUCCCCCGAAGAAAAGUUUCCCUCUUCAUUGACACAGAUGCCCCAGCGGGUACCAGAGACUGAUUCUAUACGCCGUGGUCGCACAACCAUUACACGACUUCCGGACAAUAUCAUGUUUCUCGUAGAAGGCCAAGACCACUCGGCCAUGACGCCCGAGGAAAAGACGUACUGGUUUGAAGAGUUUGACGAGCUAGUCACGGGCUGGAUGCACCAUUUGGGGGACAAUGCAGCCGAUAAUGGAUUGCUGGAUGUGCGCAUGGGUUAUGUGCCCGAGUUUGGCCGUUUCCGUGACCUGGGACCCGUCAAUCUUGAUCACAACCGAAAGAUUGAACUCUUUUUCUGGAUGGACAUGAGCAAGUUUGAGCGCGUCGGUCGCGUGCACAGAGGACACGUCAAGUUGAGAAAGAAGUUUAUGGAAGCUUAUUGUCCCGUGGGGAAAAUGGGCAAUGGAGUGGGUAAAAUCACAUUAUGGGAAGAGACGUCGAUUAUGAAGGGUAAUGAGAUUGAAGCAGAGUAUGUUGGAUGCCGGGAGGGGACCGGAUUCAUGGCAUACGAUGCAACUGAUGCGGUGGAUAGCAUGACUGUAGUUUAG